ACCCCGCUCAAUUAUUACAUCACUAUGUACACAAUCAUUCUCCAAACUUUUAUCACUCCACUCUGGUCAUCCAUUCUCUGUAAUUCUGUAUCAAUCCACCUCAUCUCCCGCUUAAUUCUCUAUCUCCCGCAGCUUUAACUUUCUUUCCCGCGCGCUAUUUCGUUUUCUCCGGCCGAGAGUAUGGAUGGUUCAUUCACAUCUUUACUGAAUGAUGGUUCAUGUGAAGAAUUCGAAUUUUCUCAACCACCCCCACAAACCCAAAGCCAACACCAACAAGAAGCUACAAAAUCGAAAAAGGGAAGGAGGUCAAAGAAUUUCUUUAUUGAGGAGGAUAUGUUGCUGAUUUCUGCUUGGUUGAAUACUAGUAUGGAUCCGAUUAAAGGGAAUAAUCAAACUCACUCGUGUUAUUGGGAUAGGAUUUGGAGCUACUAUAAUAAAAAUAAAGAAGGUCUUUUAAGUGAUCGAACGGCAAAUUCGUUGUGUAAUCGCUGGUGUACAAUCAAUGAAAAGGUGGCCAAAUUUAUUGGUUUAUAUAAUCAGAUUCUUUCAAAAAAUCAAAGUGGCUUAACUGAGCAAAAUAAGAUAGACCAAGCUUUGGAGCAUUACGAGAGUGUAAUGAACGAAAAAUUUAUGUUCAUGCGUCACUGGAAUGCACUGCGAUUUGCUCCAAAAUUUCAAGCUUAUUUCAAAAAGAAAAACAGGUCAGCUAGGGACACAGAUGCUUCUUCACAAUCUGUUGACAGUCAAAUUCCUAACCUAGAAUCCGAUGAAAUGAUGGAACGUCCAAUAGGAAGGAAAGCUGCAAAAAAAUUAAAAAGAGCAGCAGAUAAGGAAAGCUUGGAACUUAUUAAAACAAUGCAGAAAGAUGCACUGGCUAUUGCUUCUUCAAGAAGUGAAUCAGUUAACAGGAGCUUGCAGUUGCAACUAAAAAUGAUGCAGUUACAGAAGGAGCAGCUGGAAAUGCAAAAGGAAAUUAUGCAGUUACAGAAAGAAAAGUUGCAGCUCCGCUUAGCGAGGGAGGAGAGGGAAAGACAGAAGGAGGAACGAGAAAGACAGGUUUACGAAGCAUCUAUCAUGGCAGUGGACACUAGUAAGAUGCUACCAGAUCAAGCAAAAUAUUACGAAGCACUCAAAGCUAGAAUCAUGAGAAAUAUAUUGUAAUAUUUAUGUGUACUUGACUCUAUUUUGCAACUGAUAUGUACUAAAUUUCAAUUUGCUUUAUAUGUGAAGUUUAUGUGUUAGGCUUAUUUUAA